AUGCUGACAGGCUUACUGCUUUUUACAGGGCCUGUGAAAAAUGGAACCAAACUCUCUGAGGACUAAAGUCCCGGCUUUCUUAUCUGACUUGGGGAAGGCCACAUUGAGAGGAAUCAGAAAGUGUCCUCGGUGUGGCACAUACAAUGGAACCCGGGGACUGAGCUGUAAGAACAAGACAUGUGGGACUAUUUUCCGCUAUGGAGCACGGAAGCAGCCUAGUGUUGAAGCUGUCAAAAUCAUCACAGGCUCUGACCUGCAGGUCUACUCAGUGCGGCAAAGGGACCGAGGCCCGGAUUACCGAUGCUUUGUGGAGCUAGGUGUUUCAGAAACGACAAUCCAGACAGUGGAGGGGACAAUCAUCACUCAGUUGAGCUCUGGACGAUGUUACGUCCCCUCAUGCCUGAAAGCUGCUACCCAAGGCGUUGUGGAAAACCAGUGCCAGCACAUCAAGCUGGCAGUGAACUGCCAGGCAGAGGCCACCCCUCUGACUCUGAAGAGUUCUGUCCUGAACGCGAUGCAGGCCUCCCCAGAAACCAAACAAACCAUCUGGCAGUUGGCCACAGAACCCACGGGUCCACUAGUACAGAGAAUUACUAAAAACAUUUUGGUGGUGAAAUGCAAGGCAAGCCAGAAGCAUAGUUUGGGAUAUUUGCAUGCAUCCUUUGUGCAGAAAAUCAGUGCGAAAAGCUUGCCUGAGCGCCGCUUCUUCUGCUCCUGCCAGACUCUGAAAUCACACAAGUCAAAUGCCUCCAAGGACGAGGCAGCCCAGAGAUGCAUUCAUUUCUUUGCUUGCAUCUGUGCCUUUGCCAGUGACGAGACAUUGGCUCAGGAAUUCUCAGACUUCCUCAAUUUUGAUUCUAGCGGUCUUAAAGAGAUUAUUGUGCCCCAGUUAGGUUGCCAUUCAGAAUCAGUGGUAUCAGCUGGUGAGUCUACUGCCUCGAAGCCAAAGAAGAGGAAAAAGGAUGAAGUAUCUGGUGCACAGACGAACAGUUCACUGUUGCCUCAAGAUGCAGUGAGCAGUAAUCUAAGGAAAAGUGCCCUGAAAAAGCCUGUGGUUGCUUCUGCAUUAAAAAGGCAGGCCUGUGGCCAGCUGUUAGAUGAGGCACAAGUGACCUUAUCCUUCCAAGACUGGCUGGCCAGUGUCACAGAACGCAUCCAUCAAACCAUGCACUAUCAGUUUGAUGGCAAACCAGAGCCGUUGGUGUUCCACAUUCCUCAGUCCUUUUUUGAUGCCUUGCAACAGAGAAUCUCUAUAGGAAGUACAAAAAAACGGCUCCCCAACUCCACCACAGCUUUUGUUCGGAAAGAUGCCUUGCCACUGGGAACCUUUUCCAAGUAUACCUGGCAUAUCACUAACAUCCUACAAGUUAAACAAAUCUUAGAUACCCCAGAGAUGCCCUUGGAAAUCACCCGGAGCUUUAUCCAGAACCGAGAUGGGACUUACGAGCUGUUUAAGUGCCCGAAAGUAGAAGUAGAGAGCAUAGCAGAAACCUAUGGCCGGAUAGAAAAGCAACCAGUGCUACGACCCUUGGAACUAAAAACUUUUCUCAAAGUUGGCAAUACUUCCCCAGAUCAAAAGGAGCCAACACCUUUCAUCAUCGAGUGGAUCCCAGAUAUUCUUCCCCAAUCCAAGAUUGGUGAGCUGCGGAUCAAGUUUGAGUACGGUCACCACCGCAAUGGGCAUGUGGCAGAAUACCAAGACCCCCGGACUCCCCUGGACCAGCCCUUGGAACUGGCCCCCCUGACCACCAUCACUUUCCCUUGAGGCAAAACAGAAGCAUCUUAUGCUGCUAAAUUUGCACAUCCCCACCCCUUGACAACUUUAAAUGCUCCUUAGGCACUUAGAUAGCGCUGUUCCUUAGUAAACUGCUCUUCCUUAAGAUGCAAUUUCUGAAAGCAUUCAGGUGGGUUCAGCUGAAGAAAAAAUUUUGUAAGUAGCCUUUGUGGUGCUGCUGUGUACAGUCUUCAUUAUAAAUUAGGCAGUAUUUCUGCUAGAGUUUUAAAAGGAACAAGAGGAAAACCAGCUUACUUUCCCUCUUAUGGACUCUUUUGACCUUUUUCUAAUUCUCUUUCUAAGAAGUUAGCGGUACUAAACCUUACACCAACAAUGCUGGAAACAGUGCUGGAAAGUUAAUAAUACCCUGGUUAGGGCAGAAUGUUAUGGACCAUUCUGGCACAGUUACAGCAUGCUCUUUAUUUUGUUCUCAAAUAAAGCACAGUGUCACUACUUUUUCC